AAGGGAAUACUGUGAAACUGUUAGUAUCAUAACAAAACCCAAAAUCGCCGUCGUUACUCUUCGCAUAUCUUCGUUUUGAGUUCACUGUGGCUCUUCUCCGUUGUCGUUUUGGUUCUCCCUUUUCCAUUCCCAUUCAAACCCUAAUCUGCCUUCAGAUCCCAAAUUGGGAACACCCCGUCGCCGCAAUGUCCGAUUCGGUUCUUCCCCUCGCACUUCUCACCCUCACAUUGAUGUGUAGCCUCGCGAAUUCGAUGCGGUUCGAGCUUCAAUCGGAUAACACUAAGUGCAUUACAGAGGACAUUAAGACCAAUGCGAUGAGUGUGGGAAAGUACAGUGUCGUUAAUCCCAACGAAGGGUUCCCUUUUCCCGAUUCCCACAGGAUCGUUGUCAAGGUGAGUUCGCCACAUGGGAACAGUUAUCAUUAUGGGGAUCAUGUGGAUUCUGGUAAUUUUGCAUUUACUGCAGCUGAGGCUGGUGACUAUUCGGCUUGCUUUUGGAUACCGGAUGGCAGGCCUGCCCCCGCAAUGGUGACUGUUGACUUUGAGUGGAGAAGUGGGGUUGCAGCCAAAGACUGGUCCAAGGUUGCCAAGAAAGGGCAGAUUGAAGUGAUGGAAUUUGAGCUGAAGAAGCUAUACGAUACUGUCCAAUCCAUCCAUGACGAGAUGUACUAUCUUCGAGAAAGAGAAGAAGAGAUGCAAGAUCUUAACAAAUCAACUAACAGCAAGAUGUUUACCUUCAGUUUCCUUUCGAUUGUGAUUUGCUUGUCUGUGGCUGGUUUGCAACUAUGGCAUUUGAAGGCAUUCUUUGAGAGGAAGAAGCUCCUUUAGUUCAUCACACAAAUUUUAUUCAUUUUUCUUCUGAAUUCAUUUAUCGUUGUGUAUCCAAAUGUAUGAUUAGUUCAUCUUUCACUUUUUACAUUUUUUGGUAAUUAGAAACAUUAAAUGUAUGUUAGAAUUAUGAACUGGUAUCAACUUUAGAAAUAAUAGUUACAUUUCUGGAGAGGCUCUUUAAUUUGUGAUUCAA